AUGCGCGGGCCGCCGUCGCCCCCAAGACAUCACCACCACGGCCACCAGCAUCGUCCCCAGGUGCCGCUCAUCGACCGCAUCCCCGUGAUCAACGCCGGCAAUGUGCACCACCCACCCCCUGGCUUUGCACCACCACCACCACCUCCUCCACCGCCGCCGCCGCCUAGGUGUUCGCCGUCUCCGCCCAGACGGCACGGGCACCACCACCAUCAUCCUCCGCCUCCUCCAUCUCCUCCAUCUCCUCCGCGGCACGGACAUCACCAUCACCACCAUGGCCCGCCGGGCCCUGCCGAUCCUCCGCCCCCGCCCCCGGCGUACCGGGAGACCGGGCCUCUGAUCCACCGGAUCCCGCCCUACGGCGCCCCAGGAAACAACGGGCCCGUCCCGGCCUUCGGUGCCCCGGGGUCGCAUGGCCCCCAUGGACAUCACCACCAUCAUCAGCAGCCCCAGGGUAUGUGGCAAUGA